AUGCCUUUAGGCAUCCGCGGUCUCCAUGAAGCAGCAGCAAAGAAGUCUGUCCCAGCACCGCGAGGCGAUAUCCAGGAUCCAGCUGCGUUCUUGAACAAGAUCGGCCGUAGCUCUGCUCAAUUCGCCGACAAGUUCAAGUCUUGGGAACACCUUUUCACGGCAACUUCCCACGAGAUGAAAAAAGAUAUGGGCCUUAAUGUCCAACAAAGGCGCUGGAUUCUGAGCUGGAGAGAAAAAUAUCGCCAAGGAGUAGACCCAUACGAUAUUCCACUCAAGCCUCCAAAAAAGAAAACCAAAUAG